GCACUCCUGUCGACUGACUUACGUCAGUGUGGGUGUUUCAGUGUCGGCGGCCAUUAUUCUACGUAUAAUUUUAAUUUUUUUUGCUGUUUAGUGCUUCGAAACAAAGGACUAAACUAUUUUCUACAUAUUUCUCAGCUUCAUAAUUUGGGAAAUAAUACAAACAUAGUACAAAAAUGAAUCCAGAAUACGACUAUUUAUUCAAGCUACUCCUGAUUGGUGACUCCGGAGUGGGCAAGUCAUGUCUGCUGCUCAGAUUUGCCGACGAUACUUACACAGAGAGCUACAUCAGUACUAUUGGAGUGGACUUUAAAAUUAGGACUGUAGAAUUAGACGGCAAGACAAUAAAGCUACAGAUAUGGGACACGGCAGGACAGGAACGGUUUAGGACAAUCACGUCAUCAUACUACAGAGGAGCGCACGGAAUUAUCAUUGUUUACGACUGCACAGACCAGGACUCGUUCAGCAACGUGAAGCAGUGGCUGGAGGAGAUCGACCGCUACGCGUGCGACAACGUGAACAAAUUGCUCGUCGGCAAUAAGUGCGACCUCACCACUAAGAAGGUCGUCGACUACACCACAGCCAACCAAUACGCGGAGCAACUAGGCAUCCCGUUCCUGGAGACGUCGGCGAAGAACUCCACGAACGUGGAGCAAGCGUUCAUGACCAUGGCGGCGGAGAUCAAGGCGCGCGUGGGCCCGCCCUCGGCCGGCGCCGCGCCGCCCGGCCAGGCCGUCAAGAUCGACCAGGGACGCCCCAUCGACACCGGCAAGUCCUCUUGCUGCUGAAUGCCAGCCCAACGGCUGGCGGCAAUACGCAUGUGAAGUGGGAGACGCAGGCGCCGGCCACACCCGCAACUAAAAUGCAAUUACCACAAACUAUUAAUACAUGUCUACAGUUUCAAGAUACAAGUACGAGAUAGAAUAGUCCGCGAGGAACCACCGUCGCCACGCCGGCCACCGCUACCGACCCGGUGGAUCUGUGUAUGUUUAUACAAUACAUGUUUAUAUAUAAUGAAUAUUGUAGGUUAAUUUUGUGCUGUUUCCAAACGAUGCAGGUCACUGAACUAGGUAAUUGUAUGUGAGGAUAUCCACUGGUAUUUUGUAUGGUGUAGCGUAACUCGAGCCUUGUAUCAUACUCGGGCCGUGAUGAUAGCUGUAAAGUUAACGUAAGUUGAAUUUUUAUCCUCUCGGAAGCUGUCCAUUAUUGAAAUGUAGGCUAAUUUUUGUUUUUAUUCCAGCUUAUGUUAAAUUUUAAUUUCUGAUCACUUUGAGGUACUAAUUAUAAAUCUACGUAUGCACUGGGUGUUUAUAUUAUUCGGUAUGUAUCUAUGUAACUAUAGCGUUCUGGGGUUGUGCUGUAUGGAAAAUUUUGUGUUAGAUCUUAAAGUACGAAUAGACGAUCGAACCUGUGCGGACCGCACCAACAACUCGGUAAGGCUGCGUUUCCAUUGACGCGGAGCUGGGCGUAGAGGAGCGGAGAUUUGCAGGAAUCGACCAAUCACCGUGAGGGAGAGAGUGACAGAGCGUCUUCGUUUUUCGCUCUCUCGAACGCCGUGAUUGGUCAAAUCCGCACAUCUCCGCUCUUCUCCGCCCAUCUCCGCGUCAGUGCAAACCCGGGCACCCCCAACUCUCCAGUCGUGUCCGAGCUAGCGGUAUGUGAACUCGCCUCCCUUAUCCAAAACGAGCUAAAAUUGCAUUAUUUGCAGCUACCUUUCUUCCUUCGACACCUAUACCACGUUAAAUGGAAAGAAAACAUAAAAGAAUGAGCUAAAUUCUAUAAAAACAGACAUCACUACAUGUGCGUACGAAAGUAGAAUAGCGACUGGACUGAUUUCGAUUUUCGGUGCGGUGCGCCAUCCACACGAUCUAACUUGUCCGGUACCGCUCCGGGUAAUAAUAUGCGGCGCUCCACACGAUCAAAAUGAUGCGAUACCGGACCGGCUUCGUGGUCCGUCCCGCACAGAUUCGAUCCUCUGUUACUACUAUUACUUGAUAAAUGCAAUGUUUAACACAAAAUUGUAGAUAUAGCUGAUUGGCCUUAGAUAAUUUAGCCAGAUAAUAUUAUAGUAUGUAGCCAUCGAUUACAAUCCAGCGGGAACAUAGUAUUAAUUAAAAGACAUUCAAGUAUCAGUGUCACAGUAAUAUUGUGAUAGUUUUAAAUUGUGAAGGGCCGGUGUGGGGUGUGGCUGUAGACAUAAUUUCGCGGUUAAGUUAUUUUGAUCCAUAUUUUUACUUUAAAGUAUUAAGAGAGAAUUUGGUAAGGAAUGCGCGCGACCUCCGCCGGCCCUGUAUACACAACUAUUGUCGCUCUAUAUCUUACUCACGUAUGUCAUUAUUUUUGUACUAUUAUGUCAGAGUUAAGUUUACUUAAAUCAAUCCGCUAACCCACUGUUAUUAUGUAUUGAGGGUUUCUUAGAAAUUAAAACAGUAUGCUAAUAUAA